AUGCAGGCUGCUAUUGUCGCGUGGGGCUUUAGGACGCGGGUCUCUCAACAACGAAAGUGGAUGGUCACCCAGGGGCGCCCCCGUUACAUAUUUGACGCUGCUCAUCCGGGUUGUUUAACAUUUAUCAUCACAUAUCCCGCCGCUGUCAAUAUGCUAGGGUUCGGCCUCUUAGCUUUGCUUCCUUUUGCUGCCGCCGGAACGGUGCUCCCGCGCCAAACGGCAUGCAAUAACUCGCCCGAUUUAUGCUCGAAAUCAUACGGCGAAAUCACUCAUCUGGGUGCACAUGACAGUCCUUUUGUACGAGAUGCUUCGACUGGCUAUUCGACGUCUGGGAAUCAGUAUUUCAAUACUACGGUGCAGCUUGACGCUGGCGUUCGCUUGAUCUCGGCUCAGGUCCAUAAGAAGGAUAGCGAAUGGCAUCUAUGUCAUUCUAGUUGUGAGUUGAUGGACGCAGGGAAGCUGAGCACAUGGUUGUCCGAGAUCAAGAGCUGGUUGGAUUCCAACAAGAACGAUGUGGUAACACUUUUACUGGUCAACUCCGAUGACGCCUCUGCCUCCGAUCUUCAUGCGCAAUUCCAAACAGCCAACCUUGUCGACUACGCAUAUACACCCACCUCCCAGACUACCGCGCCGAGCUCGUGGCCAACUUUAGAAAGUCUCAUCAACAAUGGAACUCGAUUAAUGACAUUUGUGGCAUCCUUGGAUGCGUCUAAGAAUACGGUGGCUCCGUACCUCAUGGACGAGUUCACCUACAUUUGGGAGAACCCUUACGACGUAACGAGCCCCUCCAACUUCUCCUGCAACCCCGACCGUCCAUCCAGCCUCCAGAACGACCUGUCGUCUGCGCUCUCCUCGAAUCGUUUGCCGUUCAUGAACCACUUCCUCUACCAGACAGUUCUCAGCCUGGAAUAUCCCAACUCCAGCUACGUGUCGACCACUAACGCGCCGUCCGGCGGAACCGGCAACCUGGGCGACGCAGCCACUAAGUGCAAGGAAGCCUACAGCCGCCAACCAGCCUUUAUCCUGGUUGAUUUCUUCGACAAGGGCCCCGCCAUCAAGACCGUCGACAACCUGAACGGCGUCACCAAUGCCGUGGGCCGUACCAACCUAACGGCCGCCACCCAGACCAGCGGUGCCUCCACCUACUCCAACGUCUUCAAGGGACUAGUCGAGCUGGUCCAGAGCGCCAAACUGGGCUCCAACCCCAGCAUGGGCGAAUGGGUCUGGGUGGGAGGCGACUGGGGCAGCCUACUCGGCGGCGGCAUCACGCUCUAA